UUAAUGACCAGUUGAUGGCCAAUAAUGGCCAAAAAGUUAUUAAUGCUUCCGAUAGUGUUGUCAGUUAUAGCCCGAUCAGUGGUCGACUCGCAGAACUGUUUUGGCGGAGUCGAGACAUUUGAGAAAACAUCGGUUACAGAUUACAGCUCAGGUGUCAACUCAGUUGGCACACUCCUACAACAUCAAGAUGUAGCCCUAACCCGUGAUUGUGUCAACCUUUGCAAACAACAGUCACAAUGCCAUGCAUUUGGUCUCAAUUAUGGAAAGUUUAUUUGUUCGGCUUAUGGCGAGACCAGUCAACGCAAUCGGGAUCGACUGCAGCACUCGGUCACCACCAACUUCUUUGAGAAAGUCUGUUUGAAGGGCAUCCCGAGGGAGACCUUCGACCAGUUAUGUGGCCAACAGAGACUAUGGGCUUUUGAGAGAGUAAAGGGAGCUUUUCUGGAGGGGUUUGUCGAGAAACUGUUAGAAAAUAUUGGCACUAAAGAGGAGUGUCUAAAGUUGUGUCUCACAGAAAACAGUUUUAUUUGCCGAAGUGUCGACUACGACGUUACCCGACGGGUGUGUCGUCUGUCUAAAGAAGACCGUCGGACACAACCACAAGCUUUCCGACAGAUAGAUAACAGUACCAGAGAUUACUUAGAGAAUCAAUGCGCCGCUUCGGGUCCGUCCUCAUGUGUCUACCGUACAAAACCCGACUUUUCGGUGCUGUCAAUGGACUUACUGUUGUUCGCGCACUCACCGGACGAGUGUCAGUCCCAAUGCGAUCACGAGUCGACAUUCAAUUGUCGAUCGUUUAGUUAUAUGAAUAACCGGUGUGUUCUCAGUGGUGACGAUGGCGUCAGUCUUGUCGGUACAACACUUCCGACACAAAAGGGCGGCGUUUAUGGCGAGAGGACGUGUGUGGCUGAACUCUGUACUAACGGUAUAUUCACUUACGAAAAAAUGACGGGACAUGUACUCCGGUCGGCAGUGACUACGGCAGUCGAGUUACCGAAUAUCGGAACAUUGGGUGUGACUGGUUAUUGUCGAGAGAGCUGCGAUGCCGCUAAUCUCAAUUGUCCGGCAUUUAGUGUUAACUAUCAGAGUAAUCGAUGCGAAAAAUUGGACAGAAAUUCACAGGGAAGGGCUGGUGAACUAAUACCACGUGAAGGGGAAAGUUAUUUUGAAAAGAUAUGCCUACGAGUGCCUCAAAUCAUGACCCAAUGUCAGGACAAGUUCUGGGCCUUCGAACGAGUUCUUGGUUAUGAAUUAGCGCCAGUUCUCUACAAAAAGACAUUAAACUUUGUUCAAAGUCGAAGAGAUUGCGAGGAAUACUGUCUACAGGAAAGGGAGUUUCCCUGUCGGUCGGCCCUCUAUAAUGAUGACACUACCGAAUGUCGUCUAUCGCAAGAGGACAGACGUACCAGUCCAUCGAGUUAUUACCGAUCAAGAAGUCUCAAAAUUAAUUAUCUGGAAAAUCAAUGUGUUCGCAGUCAUACUACCUGUCCAUUUGAGAAAACAUUAGACGCCUAUCCAACGUAUACCGAUUUGGUCGAGACUAACGGUGUUUCCUCACAUGAAGUCUGCGAAAACUACUGCAAUGACAACAAACGAUUUCUGUGCCGUUCUUUUGCUUAUUAUUCAAGCAAUGGUCAGUGCUUUAUAUCGGGUGACGACAGGGCCAGUGCCAGUACAGCAGCCAUACAAAAGAGAUCCAGUAUUAUAUAUUUUGAAAGAGUAUGUCCAACAUUGCCGACAUCGGCAACACUGCCCACUCCCAGUCCAACGCCGACACGUGGCACCAGUGAACCAGUCACUAAUGCAACCGGUAAUGACGGAGUCGGUCCUAUCACUCGGUUUCCGGCCUCAUUGAUACCAACACUUCCGCCAAAAGGUAACGGUUUUUCUGCACAAUUUGAUCCAUUUGCACAGCAACAGCCAUCACUGCCAUUAUCACCACUUUCACCACAACAAUCACAAACCAGCCAACAGUCCGCUUCCAAACCUCAAGACAGUCCACAAUUGAGAGCACUUGAAUCAGAUUUGAAUAGUCUAUCGCAAGGCCUACGACCUACACAGCCUUCAAAAUGUGGUCCUCACGCACGCUAUCUCUUUGAAAAAGUGACCAGUUUUGAGCCAAUUGGUGGCCAUUUGACAUUACUUUACAGUGACCUCCAGACCCCGGGUAUUGUGACCGAAUGCGCCCGUAGGUGUGAGCACUCAACUCAAUGCAGAGCAUUCGUAGUCGACUACUAUCACCAGUCGUGUCACGGCUUGUUUGAGAACAGUUCCGUCGGAAAUCUUGAUUUACGGCUAUCGAUGGGAAAGGACUAUUUCGAGGGUUUCUGUGUACCCAAUCAUAUAGAGUGCAACAAAUUUUGGCCGUUUGACCGUAUCGUAGAUCAGGCGUCUGUUGGGGCCAUACCUCAGGACAAAAUACGGUUCAUAUCGAGAGGCGAAUGUAGGAAACGGUGUCUCGAAGAACGCAAAUUCAAAUGUCUGUCAGCCAGUUAUGAUUCAGCACUCAGUGAAUGUAGGCUAUACUCGGAGGACAGGAACUCCAAUACUAUGACAUUACUGUUCACAAAAGGCACCGAUUAUAUGGAAAAUCAGUGCGCUAUCGAUACCUUUUCGUGUCGAUACCAUCCUAUUGAACGCGACAUAAGCAUAGUAUCGGUGACCAAAUCGGUUAGAGGAACGUCCACUUUUCAUUGUGAACAGGCGUGUGAUCACGAAAAAGAGUUUAACUGUCGGUCGUAUACUUAUUUGGACAGUCCUGAUGGAAGUAACGCUCCGGGAGGUAAUCUAUGUUUAUUAAGUGCUGAUAAUCGGGCCACCAGUCAUCAGGGAUCGAUGCAAUUUAGACCCCGAGCUUUAUAUGCGGAGAAAGACUGCGUAACAACGAAUCAACGCAAUCGAGUACCGGCCACACCAUUAAUGCAGUCAAACCUUCAUCACAUACCAGUCCCAAGUAUGCCUAUCCCCAGUAUACCAGUACCACCACUUCAACACUUGCCGAACAUUUCACCAACUUUUAUGUCACCGACACCACUGCCGUCACCAUUGCAUUCAACACAAGAGGCACCUCAUAAUGUGAUCGCUCACACACCUGCCCACUGUAGUCCUAAUCAAUACACAUUUGAAAAGACAUUUGGCUAUGAUUUACGUUAUGCCCGACGAGAGAGAGCACCUAUACCUCCACGACUGGGUGUCAUAAUUAAUUGUCAGGACGAAUGUCUUCGUCGGGGCGAUAGAUGUAAAGCGUUUGUCAUAGAGUACGGACAGUUGCAGAGCUGUUUCUUCUUGGAUGAGGCGGCGUCUGAAAACAGGAAUAGACUUAACAAAGUGGACGACACUUCAUAUGUUGAAAAAAUAUGUUUAAGAGAGAAAAAAUGCGAAAAAAUUUGGACAUUUGAGCGACUAAUCGGACACACUCUAGAAGAAGCCGCUGAUAAGGAGAUACCGAGUAUAUUGUUGAGAACCGACUGUCAGGAUCUUUGUUUAGCGGAAAAGUCGUUUGUGUGUCGAUCGGCUACUUUUGAUUAUAGUAAACGGAUUUGUAAAUUGUUUGCCGAAACCCGACGCUCGAGACCACAAACUUUCAAACAGACCGACGAAUUCAUUGAUUACUUUGAAAAUCAAUGUGUGGCAGAGCCGUCGACGUGUCAAUACAAGGACUUUCAGGACACCUUCUUUCCGUAUAUCGAUCGCAUUACACACGCCUUUUCGUUGGCCGACUGUCAGCGUCAGUGCGAUUCCGAGCGUCUAUUUCCGUGCCGUGCGGUCAACUACGAGACGUUUGCCCGCGACUGUGCCCUAUCUAGUGAGGACUUGGUCUCACUCGGCAAGUCUCAAAACGCAUUAGUUCCCCGAAGAAAUUCAUUGUUUAGUGAAAAAGGCAAUUGUGAACAAGUGAGCGUCCAAUGUAACCAACAGGAUAUGGUGCUUACACUUAACUUUGACAGUCCAUUCAACGGUCGGGUCUACGCCAAGGGUAGUCCAUCGCAAUGUUUUGUUGUGGGCACCGGACAAACACAACUACAGUUUGCAAUUUCUUUGGGUACAAAAUGUGGUACACGACGAGAGGGUCAAAACAAUUUUGCUAAUGAAGUGAUAGUACAACAACACGCUGUCAUUAUGACAGAUAGUGAUCGUACAAUACGAGUGCUCUGUUCGUUUGAGGCCAGCGACCAAACUGUCACUCUUAUGAACGGCAAUCAAGAUGUUGGUAAACCCGGAGGAAUAGACGUUACUUCUCUACAAAAUGCGAGGUCACGACUGGAACAGCCCAUAACAUCGGUAGUGACAAACACAGCGCCUCCGCCGGCAGUUAUGAUGCGAAUAGUGGACAGAAGUGGUGGCGACGCACAGUUGGUUGGUUUGGGCGAUGAAUUAGUUCUCAGAAUAGAACUCAAAGACCCGAACUCGGCGUUUGCUGUCUUCGCUCGAAAUCUAUACGCCAGAAGUACUAACGGAGAAUCACUUUUCUUGAUUGACAACAACGGUUGUCCAACAGAUCCGGCAAUAUUUCCGGCACUUCAAGUCGAUUCAAGAGAUAGAAAAUCAUUGUUCUCCACAUUCAAGGCGUUCCGAUUUCCGACUACUGGUGUCGUCAACUUUGAAGUACAGAUAAGAUUUUGUCAGGAAAGAUGUGAACCAAUUAAGUGUACGUCUGGUACUGAAUCGUUUGGCAGAAGAAGAAGAAGACGUAAACGAGAUGUUAUUAAUGAAGACAAUGGCAAUGAGUCUGAAAAACUUAUUGAAGAAGAUUUUAUCAAUAAAACAGACUCUUUGAGAAAAGAUGAGUCACUUAAACCAAUUCUUAUACCAAAUGAUGAGACAAUUCUUGCGGUUCAUAAACGAAACAAAUCAAAUAAAACCGAACCAAACAAUAGCCUAAAUCAUACCAAUGUUUCUGCAAAUAGAAGUGCUCUAAUGGAGGAAUUGGUUAACAUAAGUACCAGUGCUGAACCAAUGCCUCAACCAUUAUCUCAGACUCAACCACAAGAGUCGAGUCAAAGUUCCCAAAUUAUACCUCAACAACAGUUAGCGGAUACCAAACAACAAAUUGUUACAAAUAAUUCGGACAUAUCGGCCGUCCAUUCACUUAAACCAACUGUUCCGUCAACUUAUAACAACAACAAUCUUAUGUAUGGAAACAAUGGCCAACUGCCGACACCAGCUCCAGUACCUGUUACUCAACCGAAAACUCGGACUCACUUUUCAUAUCCCAGAGAAUAUUAUCAAACAAACUAUAAUCAAAAUAAUUAUCCACAUAAUAGUGGAAAUAAUCAAAUGGCAAAUAGUUAUCAAAAUAAUAAUUAUUAUGGAAAUCAAAAUAAUCCAAAUAAUUAUAAUCAAAACAAUCAAAAUAAUUAUAAUCAAAAUAAUCAAAAUAAUCCAAACUUUAAUCAAAAUUUCAACAGUCCUUAUAAUCAUCAAAAUCCAAAUGCUUUUUAUCCCAAUCAUUACAAUCCUAAUCCAUACGGCUAUUCCCCAAACAUUUAUCAAUUACCAAAUCAGACUAAUAUUAAUGGAAACUCUUGGCAAUCAACACAACAUCUAUCGGCACCAAACUAUCCCUAUCAUCAUCAAUAUCCUGGACCACAUCCUCCAUAUCUGCAGCCUAUGAUGAACACACACUCAUUCCCUGAACAACCAAAGCUAUUGGCUACACCUUUGCCGCCACAAUAUAUCAAUCCUAACGAAGCUUAUAUGCCGCGUGAAUCGCCGGCUCAAUCCGUGACCAGUACGGCAAAGCCAUCGACUCGUAAGACACGUCCACCACUUCAUUCAUCUUACUUAGAAUGGGGUGAUUCACGACCCUCUCGGACGCCUCCUCGGGCCUCACAACGAGCUAAAGUCAUAGCCUCGACACAGAAACCACAACCAGAAGAAUUUCCGCUAUCACUGACACUAAUGGUAAACGACGACAAAGACUCGCCUAAUGGCAACACAAAUACUAAUUUAAACGCUAAUAACAAUAAUAUUAAUAAUAACUAUAAUAAACAAAAUAAUCCAAAAAUAUUACAAAAACAUGAUACUAUUGUACGACAACCGGAUGAAUGUGAAGAUUGUAACACAGGUUUGGCUAUAUUUUAUACGGCGCUAAUCGUCUCAUUAAUUCAUAUGGGACUGGUUAUCGGUGCCUAUCUAUACAUUACAAAACUGAGAGCACCGCCGGUCACCAAAUUGGCCACUUCGCGGGCAUUUGUCUCCGAUGACGAUAUGGCCCGAAUAGAUCAGCAUACCAAUAGUAGUAAUAUCAAUAGUAGUCAGCCCACACUCAAUGAUAAUGUCUUUUAUGGGAAUCGGGAUCUACUGGGCUUUAGGACACCCACUCAACCUCAAGGACUGCCACAUUUGAGACAAUUAUUUGAUUCAACGCAUCACUAAUUUUGUUAGCCAUCGCUUCAUAAUAUCAUUCAUCAUUAUCA